GGUUACAACAGGUUGUUUAUAUCGGAAGUGAAGCGCAGAAGGCGCUGGAAGGCAGGCACCUUUCUUAUGUGCAUGGUUUAAAAAGUUAUAUGAGCUCCCGUGAGUUGAUCUUUUAUUUUAAAUAAUGUGGCGGAAUAUCAGGUAGUUUAAAAUGUUGGUUGGCUACAGCAGCAGCAGCUCGGAGGAGGACGGUGAGGCUGGCGGUGAAGCUGAAGGAGCGAAAAAUCAGAGUGAAACUACCUGCCGAAAGUGCCAAGAGGAAGAUGAUGGUUUGCCAACGAGGAAGAAACCCAAAACUGAGGAAGAGAGCCCCAAAUCAAGACUGCCUCUCCCUGGCUGUGUCUUGGCCAUGUUUCCAGAUGAGGUGGACUCACAGACUGAAGACAGCUCUCUUCAUGGUGGACGCAUCCGCUCCUUCAAGCAUGAAAGAGGAAACUGGGCUAGCUACGUUUAUUUCCCAUAUCAUCCUGAAGAGGAGUUUGGGGAGCUGUUGGAUGGGAUUCUCUCGGCAGCAUGUGCCCGGGGUGUGGUUUUGACUGUGCAGGAUGAGUUCCACCUCAGCCUGUCCCAGACAGUGGUGCUCAGACACCACUGGAUCCAGCCGUUCACACAGAGCCUCAAGUCAAGUCUUACAGGCUGCAAAAGGUUCGUGUGCUCGGCAGGGAGACUGCGCAUGUACUCUAAUGCAGAGAAAACGAGGACAUUCCUGGGGAUGGAAGUGUCAACUGGGCAUGCUCAGAUGUUGGAUCUGAUCCGAGCUGUUGACAGGACGAUGACAGAGUUUCGCCUGGAGACUUUCUACAAGGAUCCAUCCUUCCACGUGAGUCUGGCCUGGUGUGUGGGAGACCAGACAGUGCAGAUGGAGGAGUGCAUGCAGGAGCUGCAGAGUCUAGUAGACGACCACGAAGACGGACCAUUUGUGUUGAGGCUGGACUGCUCGGAGCUUCGCUGCAGGACGGGAAACAAGACUUUCCGCUUUCCUCUGGAAUCCUAAAACAUGAAGUAACUAAAAGUAUUGAAAUGUUUUAUGUAUUUAAAUAAAGACGUUACCUCUUUUGUAUUUUUCCAUUACGUAUGGGACAGUGGUGAGAGCGCUGAAGAAUUAUGGCAUAUGCAUGACUGAAUCGCUGAAAGGAAGUUGUGGAUUUGGUCAGCAUAGAAACCUCAAGUGUCACAGCUGUACGUUUUACCAGAACAGUGGAAGGAAUUCAGCGACUGGUUUCACUCAUAUUCAAGAAGUUUAAAUGCCAAAAUCUAGAUUUCACAUAUUGAAUGAAGUCAAAGUGAAGUUCUCUUAAAGUUGAGCCUUUUUUUUUAUUUUAGUUCCCUGUUUUUGUACAUUUUUGAUUAGCUCCCCCUGGUUAACAGAAAUAUUGGGGCUUCCUGUGGUUAGAGCAAAUGUUGUGUGUGCCUGACUUGAUCAUAUAAUUCACAUAGUCCUAAUCUUCCUAAACAACAGCCAUACAUGGAGAAAAUAAAACAGAGCUUUAGAGUAAGGUAUACAAGAGGGAUUCACUGCAAAUAUUUGAAAGAAUUUAAUGAAUAGAAGGCAGCACGUGAAUAAGUAGAUCAUCUUGGUCUGGCCCGGUGAGGGGCAGCAUGGCACAAUACAGUCACGUCAGAACACACUGUCCAAUUUUGAACUUUUCACAUCCACAAAAGAAAAACCCAUCUCAUGGUCUUGAGUCAUCCCCCGGUGGCUGUAAUUAAGCUUCAGAGCAUGAAAUCUGGUGUCAAGAACUAAUUUAUUGAGUCAUUCGGUCCUGAUAUAUACAAAAGUCUUAGGAUUUAUUAAAAUCGUUGCCCUGAACAAACCAUCUUAGCAUUUCAAAAAAGCAUUAGCUCUUUAAAUGAUGGCAUUCAGUGUAUUCAGUAGCAGACACAGAAGGGGCCCCUCUUCCCCUGACUAGCCAGCCCAGGUUGGGCUCACCCUCUGAGAGAAACCCAAAACAGACCCUUUGAUAGGUCUGCACAGAGUAAAGUUUAAACCCACAAAUGUAAACAAUCAGUUAUGAAGUCAGUGGCAUGUGUGUGAGACACCUCUAGUGUUUGUCUGAGUAAACGAAGGUAAGACCCAAAGAAAAAAAAAAG